CACACACACACACACAGAGAGAGAGAGAGAGAGAGAAUGAGAGAGAGAGAGAGCUUACAGUAAGAGUGAGCCCUGGUGAACCUGGGGAUGGACACUGAGAAACCCUGAAAUGGAAACAGAGAAAGGGACUGCAAGUUUGGGCUGGGCUGUUAGCCUGGAGUGGCACAAGGGUCCCAAUUCUCCAUCCUGUCCACAUUCUGGAGGAAGCUGACAUCCUGAAGAAGGAAACAAGACAAUAACUCUCCAUGUGACCAGGGCAGGAGGCUUCCUGUUUCUCAGCCCCUCCCAGGCCAGCCUUGGCCAGCACAGCCUCAGCAGCCAGUGGCCAGGAUGACCUGAGAUGUGCCCAGGCACUCAGGCCUUUCCCAAGGGUGAAAACCGAAUGAUACGGGGAGACAAAGGGAAGAUCUGAGAGCGGGCUGUAACCAGGGGGUUAAAGAGGCAAUGAGCGCCCGGGCCACUAGGCCCCGAAGCCGCCGAGGGAGGCAUCCUCAGCCUGGGGAGCUGGACCCAGUGGCUGAGAGCUCAGAGGAGGUGGAGGCCACCAAUGGGAGCUUCGAGUCCAAACCUGAGUUACUUCAGGAGCACCUUGGUCCUGACCUGCAGAGCCCAGGGAAACGGCCUGAGGGUGAUUGUGACAUGGGAUCCCACGGGGCCAUAGCCUUGAAGUCAAAGGUGGAAGGCCACCAGACCCUGCAGGCAGCCCCUCUGGAUACCAGCUCUGGUGCCACAUCAGUACCCAGUGUGUUUGAGACCCUGCAGAGCAGGCUGAGCUCCCUUGAGGCCACUGUGGCCGCCUGGCGCCACCGCUCCCGAAGCUUUCCAAGGCCAUUGGAAAAAGAAGAGAGAGACCAGAUGGCAUUGGAGCCCUUUGAUGGUCAGGAAGAAGCCUGGCCUGAACAGCACGAGGCAGCUCGCCUCAGAGAGAGGAACGCCUGGCUGCGGCUGGCCCUGGGCCGCCAUGAGGAUGAGCUGGUUUGCACUCAGGCUUCCCUGCAGGAUGCCCAGGCAGAGAAGGAGAUUCUGCAGAGACAGGUGCUGGAGCUAGAGGAUUCCCUGAGGCAGCUGGAGGCCUCCCCGGCUGUCCUCCUCCUCAGAGCGGGGCAUACCAACAGCAACUCCAGCAGUUCUGGGGCAGAAGGGGAGCCCUGGGUGCCUCAGGACUCCCCCUUGGCUCAUCCUCUUCUCCAACCCCUCCAGAGUGACUCUAGCACCCAGAUCUUUGGGUGCCAUUCCAAACAUCGUUCAGCCCCCGAGAUGCACCUUAUAGAAGAUCAGAUGGAGCAGCUCCAGGGGAGCAUUGAGAAGUUGAAGUGCUUCAAUCGCCUCCUGCUGGCUGUGCUCCAGGGCUACAAGGGCCGCUGUGAGAGCCUCAGCAUGCAGCUGGGCCAGAGGGAGGCUGAGGCCACAGCCCUGCGCCUGGCCCUGCAAUAUAGUGAGGAUUGUGAGGAGGUAUAUGGGGUGCUGCUUGCUCUGAGGAUGGCUGACUCAGGAGCUGGAGAUGAAGCCCCCAAGAGUGACCUGCAGGCUGCUGAGAAGGAGGCAGCUAGGCUGCUGGUGGAGAAGGAGGCAGCUAUGGAUGGAAAGACACCCCAGCCCAGCCCAGGGGGCAGCAGUGUUGACAAGCCUACACCACAGGAACUAGCUGCUCAGCUCCAUGGCUAUGUCCAGCGUCUCCGGGAACGCUGGGCUCUGGUGAAGAUCCCUCCACCUCUUGGCCCUGCCACGGCACCCAGGCCCACUAUGCCCCACACAGAAGCAACAGUUCAGGCCAUUCUGGAGAUACAGCCUGGCCCAGCCCUGCCCCGGCUAGAGAAGUCUGAGAUCCAGCAGAAGCUGGUGGCUAUUCGGGACAGUCUGGCGGACCUGGUGCUGCGCCUGCAGCUGGCACGGCGGGAGAAGCGCGGGCUGGAGCUGCGGGAGGCGGCGCUGCGGGCUCAGGGCCCCGCCCACCUGCUGCUCCUGCAGCAGCUUGGCUGGGCGGGGGCGCCCCUGGGUCCCCCUGUCCUCCCUGGUGGCCACAUGGGCAGAACGUGGGACUCUGAGACCUUAUCCCAGGAGCUGUCGGCGUCCCUGGCCCGAACGGUGGACCUGCGAGCACAGCUGCAGUCACUGCGGCGGCAGCUGGAACAGAUGGCUCAGAAGGGCCGAAUCAGACGUGCUCAGAGCGCAGAGCUGAACAAAGAGCUGUGCAAGGCUCACAGCUCCCUACUCUUGGCCUUCAGAGGAGCCCACCGGAAGCAGGAAGAGCAACGCCGGAUGUUGGAGCAGCAGGUGGCUCGGAUGCAGGCCCAGCAGGCAGAGGAGCUCUCGGUGUUGGCAGCCACAGCCAGAGCCCUGGGGAUCCCCGGGGCUCCCCAGCCUGGCCAGACCUUCCUGUAGGACCCAAACCAAGCUUACACACACGGGUGGCAGACGUCUCAUGAGUAUCCUGUCCUGGGCUGGAGAGAUGGCUCCAGCGGUUAAGAGCCAGUGUUGCUCUUGCAGAAGACCUGGGUUCAGCUCCCAGCCUCAACAGCCACAGUGUCAGUAACCCCAGCUAGGAGGAUCUGCCGCCCUCUUCUGGUCUCUACAGUCUCUGCAGCAAUGCACACAUACAUCCCCCCACUCACACACUCGUAAUUAAACAAAAUAGUGUUCUA